UUUAUCCAAAAAAAUAGGUAAACAUUUAUGUGAAUUGAUCAAGUAUGAUAGAUUGUCAAUUGAUAAGGUAAACUUGUUUGACAUUUAUCAUUUACAACAAUAAAAAAUGUGUUUCUUCCGCCAAUUUGUCGUUCACAGCAAAGCCAUGAAGAGUAAUGGCAUGUAAUUAUCUGUGGUCCCUCUGAACUGGUGUUUUAUAGCUACAGUUACACAGUCAACUGUAAUGCAAUCAUACCUCUCCUCCCCCUCCCCUCACCUACUGCCAAACUUAAAAACCACAUAGACUGCAAUUCAACCAUAGAGAGCAAUGCAACACUCGCUUGUUAAGCACAGGUACAUUGUGUACAGAGUGAGCUUCAGUCAGAGCACUUGUCUAGGGGAUCAGUAAGUGGGCCAUGAGUGAGCAGACAUGUGUGGGGUUGAUCCGUGGACGGUCACAGGGUAUCGAGAACCGCUCGUCAUACCGAGAUGAAACACAGAAGGGGGGAAUCUUGCCAUUUGUGUCAACGUAUCUGAUUGAUUCCAUUUUGAGCAGAAGUGCCUCGAAGGAUCCUGAUAUCAACCAAGGAGCUGAGAUAAAGCACAAACACUCCGACCAGGACAAAGGAGACCUCCCUUCACAGGUUACCCAGGAAAGUUCAAUCGCUCCAAAGGAGACCAGCCACCACAGAAGCCAAGUCUCAUUGAAGAUGGUAGAAGAGAGCAUAACAAGAGCUCAGAGAGAGAAACCAGAAAGAGGGACAGAGGAGGGAUUGAAGUUGGAGCCACAAGUGCAGCCGAAAUCAACGUCCACAGAUGGACACAUAAGCUCAAGAAAGCAGAGGCGCUACCGUACAUCCUUCACUAACUCUCAGCUAGACCAACUGGAGAGAGCCUUCCGGAAGUCUCACUACCCUGACAUAUUUGCCAGAGAGGAACUGGCAGUGCGUCUGUCCUUGACUGAAGCUAGAAUUCAGGUGUGGUUCCAGAACCGCAGGGCCAAGUGGCGUAAGCGUGAGAGGGGCCAGCAGAGCUACCUCCCUGGUCUGGCAGUAAACACCUGCCCUCUGGGUCUGGGGCUUUGGCUGGAUGCCCCCCUGCUGCACCAUGACUCUGGGCUGGACCCCGUAUGGAGCCUGGGGGGGAUACCCAUCAGUCUUCCUCGCCCAGCCCCCCUUCACUGCACUAAGCCCCUGGAAGCCCUGGGGCUUGGGCCGUUAGCAUGGGCACCACUGUCUGAACAUCCACUAGUGCACCCUAACUUUAGCAGGUUCCUAUCUUGGAUGAACCCACCUGUUCAUCCGAUAACUGCCUUGGCCAACCAAGUGCCCCAGUCCCUCAGUCAGAUGUCCGCAGGGGAAGAGAGGUUCUCCUCAAAAACUUAUCUAGGACCUACGUGGUCACCAAGGUCUAUGUUUGAAACCACAAGGAAGUAA